AUGUGUAGCACGCAGACCAAGACUAGUGGCGAAAAACAUUCUGUUGUCGCAGCUGGUAUAACAGUAGACUCGGCUUCCAGCCAAGAUUUGGCUACUCAGCAACUAAAACAAAUGUCAUUGUUGCCUAGUCAGACAAUCAAUGUUACAGAUGGAUCUAGCACGGACGACAUACGGCCAAGUGACGAGGCUCAAAAGGAAACCCAUUUACAAAAAUUUUACAAGGCUACAAAAGACAUUCAUGAUUCAAUCCAGCUCAUGUUCACUGCAAUCAUAAAAGAGCACGCUGCGCAUAUCCAAAAGAUGGAGCUCAUUAGUCGUAGUUAUGUGCGAGAGAUGCAGAUUAAAGCAGCCACAAAAACUGCCGAAAUUGUUCAAGCAAGAAAUAGAGUGUUUGAACCAGGCGAAUCUGCGGUCUCAACCACACCGGCAAUUCUAAUAUCCGUAUCUCCAUACUCGGAUUAG